CACAAGACAACCAAAGCAAGCUGAAUACAAACCGCAACCGCAUUCAUCCUUUGGUUUGGUUUGGUUUGGUUUGGUUUCUUCCAACUUCUUCCUUUAACUAUAAAGCAAAAGCCAAACCAAACACUCCCAUCCACACCCAAACUCUCUCUCCCUCUCUCCCUCUCUCUCUUUUCUUUUCCAUUUUCCAAAUCUCAUCAGAGAAAUCUAGAAAGAUACUCACACACCAACCACCAAUUAACUACUGCCAUCUUUUUUUCCUCCACCAUCUUUCCAUAAUCCACAAUUCUUCAAACUCCUUUUCAUUUAAUAUUUUUAUAUUUCUUGUUCACAUCACAAUCCCAGAACAGCUCCUUCCCCUGCUUGUUCUGUUUCUCAACACAUGGCUUCUAUCUCACAGGGUCUUGUUCUUACCACAGCCAUGCUUGUGUCAAGCACUGUCCUUUAUCUUGCUUUCUCCACCCAAAAGACCACCCCAUCAUUUCUAAUUCACUGGAAUUCCCAUUUCCAUGACUCUAACAAAGGGACUCUACGUUCUUGCUUGUAUUCAGAGGAAAAGAAAAGGAAGAGAAAGAAAAAGAAGAAGAAAGUUCAAUUUGCUGAUAAUGUGAAGGAAUCAAGAGAAACGAGUGAGGUGGGUAGCAUAGAGAAACAGAGGAAGCAAAACGGAGUAUCAAACAACUGCAGACAAGAAACCUCGGAAACUAGUGGAAUGCCGGCCAACAGAAUCGCUUUGUAUAACGGGAUUUUGAGGGAUAGAGUGCAUAGAAUUCAAUGCUCUUACUAGGCUUCUAGAUCAACCCUGCACAUUUCUGUUGGCACUUACAAUGUUCUCAUGAUUGCUUUUUAUUUUUACUUAUUUGGCUUUGAAUUUUGAAAUUUAAUUUUGUGGUGAAGUGCUAGAAGAAUCUUGGGUAUUCUUGUGGAUGUAAAUACAUACUCGAUUUUGUCCAACCCAACCCCUGCUAUUUCGCUGAGUUACAAAAUAUUGGGCAGAAGUUUUGUUUUCUUCGGAAUCAACCCACUUCCAACCACUCUAAUUAAACUAAGUUUCAUUUGUUGCUUAUGUUAUAUAUUUUAAAGCUCUUUUUACAUCUGUAUUACUGAUUGCUAUGUUUUGUUUCAAUUCUAAAAUGAAUUAGUGAAUUAAAGAUAAUCUUGU